CCUCCUCUGACCAGCUGACUUAGUGUUGUCUGUCUCUCCUCCUCAGCCCUGCUCUGACCAGCUGACUUAGUGCUGUCUGUCUCUCCUCCCCAGCCCUGCUCUGACCAGCUGACUUAGUGCUGUCUGUCUCUCCUCCUCAGCCCCUGCCCUCCUCUGACCAGCUGCACCAUGGGAAGGAAGAGUAGAGUGAAGACUCAGAAGUCGGGGACAGGCGCCACGGCCGUGGUCUCUCCCAAAGAGAUGAUGAACCUAAUCUCAGAUCUCCUACAGAAAUGCAGCAGUGCUGCCCCUUCUCCAGGGAAAGAGUGGGAGGAGUAUAUCCAGAUACGAGGACUGGUGGAGAAGAUCAGGAAGAAACAGAAAGGUAUCUCUGUGAUAUUUGAGGGCAGCAGAGAGGAGUUCUUCCCGGAGCUGAUGGCGUGGGCUCAGGAGAGUGGAGCUUCCUGUGAGGGGGUUGAGAUCGCUAACUUCGCUGGCGAGGGCUUCGGCCUCAGGGCCACCAAGGACAUCAAGGCAGAGGAGCUGUUUUUGUGGAUCCCCAGGACGAUGCUGAUGACUGUGGAAUCAGCCAAGAACUCUGUCCUGGGUCCCCUGUACAGCCAGGACCGUAUUCUCCAAGCCAUGGGUAACGUGACCCUGGCCCUCCACCUGCUGUGUGAGCGGGCUGACCCCUCCUCCCCCUGGCUGCCCUACAUCAAGACCCUCCCUGGGGACUACGACACCCCUCUCUAUUACGAGGAAGAAGAGGUACACCACCUGCUGUUCACUCAGGCCAUCCAGGACGUCCUCAGCCAGUACAAGAACACUGCACGGCAGUACGCAUACUUCUACAAGGUCAUCCAGACUCAUCUGACCACCAGUAAACUGCCCUUGAAGGACGCCUUUACGUUCGACGACUACAGAUGGGCGGUUUCCUCAGUGAUGACCCGUCAGAACCAGAUCCCUACAGAAGACGGUAGCCGUGUCACCCUCGCCCUCAUCCCUCUCUGGGACAUGUGUAACCACACCAACGGCCUGAUCACCACUGGUUACAACCUGGAGGAUGACAGGUGUGAGUGUGUGGCUCUGCAGGACUACAAAGAGAAUGAACAGAUCUACAUCUUCUACGGGACGCGAUCCAACGCUGAGUUUGUGAUCCACAACGGCUUCUUCUUCCAGGAGAAUGCCCAUGACAGAGUCAAGAUCAAACUGGGGGUGUCUAAGAGUGAACGGCUGUACGCCAUGAAGGCGGAGGUGCUGGCCCGCGCUGGCAUCCCCUCGUCCAGUAUCUUUGCCCUGCACUGCAGCGAUCCUCCAAUCUCUGCCCAGCUACUAGCCUUCCUCAGAGUCUUCUGUAUGACUGAGGAGGAGCUGAAGGACUACCUGGUAGGUGAACAUGCCAUCAAUAAGGUUUUCACACUAGGUAACACGGAGUUCCCAGUGAGCUGGGACAAUGAGAUCAAACUGUGGACAUUCCUGGAGACCAGGGCUGCCCUGCUGCUCCAGACCUACAAGACCAGCUCCCAAGAUGACCAGUGUGCGUUGGAGAAAACCGACCUCUCCUUCCACUCCCGUGUGGCCAUCCAGCUGCGCCUGGCCGAGAAGCAGAUCCUGGAGAGGGUUGUGGCCAGCGGCAAGGCCAGGCGCCUGCACUUCCAGCUGCAGCAGGAGGAGGACGCUCCGCUGCCCCGCUAUGAGGAGAGCGACAUCUCCCUUCUGGAGAACGCAGAGGCCGACACCAAGCUGCCCCUCAUAUUGAGGAAACUUCAGGAGGAGGACGAGGAGGAGGGAGACGACCAGGCAGCGGUGGAACGGGUGUUAGCCCAGGUACAGCAGCUGGGACAGGGGGAUGCAGCCAGGGAACUAGCUUCCCUCAUAGUCAACGGGGAUGGUGGGAAGGUGGUGGUCAACGGGAAUGGUACGGACGCUAGCCCAGUCCUGGAGGUUGGUGUGGAUGCUAGCCUGAUUCAGGAGGCUAGCAAAAAAGUUAGCUUAACCUCCUUGGACGCUGGUCAAAGUGCUAGCCCUGCCCAGGAGGAGGAUGGUAUGGAUGCUAAGUUCACCACGCUAGACGCUGCUGACCCAGCUACCACUCAGGAACAAGAAGGCCAAACGGAGAACGGAGGAGACAAGGCUACUGCUUCUCUUUCACAGGAAGUGGACGUGGACCUGAGUUCAGAACGAACUGGAAACGUGCCCAAAGUGAACAGUGAAUAGGUGUAAUCAUCAUCUAUCUAGGCCUUAUUGCAGAAGAAGAAGAGCAGCAGCCAGUCAGUCAGUGUUGUCUCUCUUAAGUGACUCACAGAAAUAAGAGCUAAGAAUUAAGAUUUAAAAAACUGAACACUGUUGGUUGGUUCAUCCCUCCUUCCACUGCUUUGUUAGUUUUACCUCCCUACCGCAGCAGACUGCAUACUGCCCUUUGCCUUCUAUCUGAGCAGUGUAAGUUUCUAAUGUUUUAUGAACAACUGGCUUUGUUUUUUUCUUUUACAGUGCUUCACCGGUUUACGUUAAGAUUAUUGACACACGAGCUGUGAGAGAAUGGUAGUUAGUAACAAUGGCAGCGCUGGUUUCAGUUCCACUACUGUAGGGUGAACAGAAAGAACAGAUUGAAUUUAGUUGAAUGUUAUCUCCAGCAAGCCAACAUCUUAUCCUAACAGCUUUACCCUUCCCUCCUCAGUCAGUGUAUUACUGUAGUUUAUCUCUAUAUACGGCUGCUAUAAUUUCACUUGACAAUCUUUUUCAGUGGUGUAUUCGGCUCUUUGUUGCUUAUUGUUUGAGACCAUGGCUGCCCCUCUUUCUCACGUUACACUUCCUGGUUUCACUCAAUGGCUUUUAAAAUACAACUGAAGGAAACUUUUGACACAAUCGCGGAUAUGUCCUGUGCUCUUGUUCUGGGAGCAAUCAGCAUUUUAUUUCUCUACUCGGAGAAUAAUGUACCAUUUUUUGAAAUGUGAUGGAAAAUUUAAGGAUAAUAAGUGCGUUUAUUGAGCGAAAUGAGAUGACUAAAAGCAGGUGUUUUGGGUCGUUUUUGAAAACGUUAAAUAAUUACAAUGUUGCGGACGAGUUGCGGCUUUGAUGAAGAAUAUGACUAAUGCUAUAGUCUAUAUUAUGAAAAAGCCAUAACAGUCAGAAUGGAGACUAAUUCAAACCUCUUCAUCAGCAAGACAUGGCAAGAGACGUCAUGUGAUCUCCUAGACGUGUCUCACAUAAAGGACUUGAACUCAUUUCUGUUAGAUUAUUGUUUUGUUGUUGGACGUCCUUAGUGUUUGUUACUCCUCCUUUCUCCACUCCAGAAAGAAAACAAACAGGACAUAGAUAAUGCAGUCUCUCAUCCAGUCGCUACUUCUCAACAUGUUUUUAUUUGUCUUUAUGAUGUCUGCUCUGUAUUUCAAAGCUUAGGUUGCUUUUCUAUUAACAUUGAAUGGCAGUGAGACAUGAGGAUGUCUAGCUUGCUCUCUCUGUUAGAUGUAAGCUCUUAAAUAACCCUUGUUAUCUGUUAUCAUGUCGGGACAGCCGAGGGAGGGAGCUAAUUCAGAAUAUUGGUGACUGUGUUCUCCCCCUGUGGAUAAGCCAUGUGAUGGAUGGUGGAUAUGAGGGACACCGUGUACCACCUCACUAGUUAAAGUUAGCCUUACUCCAAAGUGUUAGCUAGCGCUGCUUAUUAUAACUUGUCUAUCUAUAAGUUGAUGCUGUUACCAACCUCAAAGUGAAAGAGUUCUGAGAUCUGAGUCUAUUCUACUGUGUAGUUCAAAACUAAAAGGGGUUUGUUUUGUAACUUUGAAUCGAAGUAUCACCAUGUUGCUUUCUGCUGCAUUUCUCUUUGUUACUGCAUCAUGGACUGGUUUGUUUCUGUAUUUUGAUUCACUCAUCAUUUGUACCAUUCUCUACCGGUCAAAUCAACCUGCUGCUUUUCUAAAGACUUAGUUUUUUCUUGUUGCGGUACAGUUACUGAGAAUCUACCGACUGCUUUAACCAAUCGCACUCUCCAAGCAAUUCACAGCACCUUGGUAUAUCCAGUGCUGUCCUUGUCCAACCAAUGAGUGACAAGGAGUUGGCAUGAUGGUACUCAGGCUACCUUGUAGCCUGGUCCCACAUCUGUACUAUACGUGUGUCCUCUGACAUUGAUAGUUGGUGGUAACAUUGGACUUUAUUAAUCAAACCGUAAUGAGGACACUAUUGUAAGUACAGUGUAUGAACAUUGUUAAUAUACGUACAGCAGUAUCCCCAACCCUGCCACAGUAUCUGUGCCUUAGAGAUGAUGAGUAUGACGUGCUUCUUCUCUAAUGCCCAGGAAGUUACAAUUCAAACUCCCAUUAGACAUUUCUUCAUUUAGUCCCAUUAUGACCGGUAUGUACUUCCCAAAAAUUUCUAAAUAAAAAUUGAGAAGCAACUGAAAACAUGCCUCCACUAUAUUAAGCUGUUGUAGACUCCUGACCUGUGGGUGGCAGUAAUGAGACGCCGAAUUUGUAUUUUUUUCAGUUGCUUGUGCAUUUUAUCUAGACAUUUUUUAGAAGUUCAGAUGAUGAUGAUUGCUCAGUGACACUCCAUAUUUGGUGAGUAACAAAAGUAUUUUGACAUAAUGCUUGCAGAGCUGUGUAAUGGGAGUGUGAAUCAGAGCUUCCUGGGCUUUAGAGAGGAGCAACGUCCUACUCAUCGUUGAAAUCUCUAGCGCACAGAUACUGUGGCCCCCCAACCCUCGGAAGCCAAGGCUUCUCACAUUCUGUCAACCACACGAGAUUUGUGCGAGCCUACCCUAACCCUUACCCUAAAUACAGUAUAAGUACAGUGAAAAAUGUAGUAAGUACAAUAGUUCUUACACUGUGCUACAGCACACCCAGAUAUGCAGCAGUUUUGGGCUUGUUUCUCUGACUGUGAGAGAUACCGAAGGUUGUGAUGUACACUAACUGGAGGACAGAAUACAUUCAUGAAACUGUCCACAUGGAAACAGAUUAAAGUUCUAAUUUCUCA